AUGGGUGAAGAUGGCCCCUCGUCCUGGAGCCUGGUCCGCAGCUCUGGCCUUGCCCGCCCCAACGGGCUAUGGGAUGAGCACAUCCAGGCCAAGAGGGCCAGAGUAGAGACCAUCGUCCAAGGCAUGUGUCUCUCACCCCAGCCUCUGGUGCCAGGAGAUGCCCGCCGAGCCAGGGGUGGCCCAGGCUUCCUUGAGAAGGCCCGGGCACACAGGAGGAAGCAGAACGUCCCAGCACACCAAGGGCCGUUAAGGUCAGGCGCUGCCCGGAAGGUGGGCCCCCGCGCGGCGGAACAGCUGGGACACUUGCAGCAGUGCACAGGACAGGUUGUGGGGCCUCAGCGUCCAGCGGACUCCAACAAGGCUAAGGGCCCUGGGAGUGGACAGCAGCAGCCCGCCUGCUGCAGACCGGGUCCCUGGAGCAUGGACGGCGACCAUGGCUAUGGCGCCAGCAGGAACCGGUCAAGGGUGGAAAAGGCCAGAGCGGCUGUGGUCCAGUGCCUGUCGGAGCCCAGCUUCCCUCCCCCUGGGACUCAGGCUUUGCUGGAGAGACUGCGGGAAGAGCUGCCCGGGGCUGUGUCCCAAGCUGUGGAUGCGGUCUUGCAGAAGAUCCUGCUGGACCCACUACGCCUGCCGGCUCAGUGGGACAGAAACUUCCAGGUGCUAGUGCCGAGGGGCAGGAGGGAGCUCUCCCCUCCUGGCACAGAUGUCCAUCCAGAGUCACUUGCUUUGGCCGCCUUGCCCAGGAGGGUGCAGCUGCAAGCUGGGGUUCCUUGGGGAGACUGGCCGAUGGCCAAGCCUCUGGAGUCCCCUCGCCACCCUGGCUCUCCAAGCAGCACCCCCAUGCCCUAUCAGGCUCCCCCGGCAGAGUGCCCCUUGGCUGGGCCUUCCUACAUCCAGGAGAGUCAGCUUCUGGGCCGCUGGGGCGGCAGUGUACGCCAGCCCUCGCCUCUUCUAAGCCACCAAUGCUCGGAGUCAGUGCCUGCACCCUGGGAAGCCGCUCGGCCAACGUCGUCGGUGCCGAACCAGCAGCAGCGCCCCCUGCCGGCCUCCGCCACCGGCCUGGGGCGCUUCCCCUUCCUCCCCAAGGUGAGGAUGGAGCCGCAGCGCCACCUGCCGGCCGUCACCGAGACACCGGCCUUCGCUCCUGUUCACUAAAUCCAGGAGAGCCUCACUCCAGGUCACUUGAAGAAGGCCAAGCUGAUGUUUUUCUUCACACGGUACCCCAGCUCCAACCUCCUGAAGGCCUGUUUCCCUGAUGUGCAGUUCAAUCGCUGCAUCACCUCCCAGAUGAUCAAGUGGUUCAGCAACUUCCGUGAGUUUUAUUAUAUCCAAAUGGAAAAAUCUGCCCGGCAAGCAAUUUCGGAUGGCAUCACAAAUCCCAAGAUGCUGGUGGUUCUCCGUGAUUCAGAACUUUUCCGAGCUCUCAACACGCACUAUAACAAGGGAAAUGACUUCGAGGUACCAGACUGUUUCCUGGAGAUCGCCAGCUUGACCUUCCAGGAGUUCUUCAGGGCUGUCUCCGCGGGGAAGGACACAGAUCCGUCCUGGAAGAAACCCAUUUAUAAAAUUAUUUCCAAACUGGACAGUGACAUCCCAGAUAUAUUCAAGUCUUCCAGCUACCCCCAGGAGCUUCUUCAGAGUUAA